AUGACGUCAUUCUAUUCGGGAAUCGCCCCCUCAUCCUCACAUCCAUCCCUGCUCUUCGAGGGAUGCUUUCGAAAAGAGAUUCAACUAAAUGGUGCGUUCAACAAAAACGAAACACCGAAAAAGGGUCGAAGCCUUGAAAUCGGUCGUUUGGUGCUCGAAAAAGUGCUCGAGGGAGAGAUCGCUGAGCACGCUGCCACCCAUAUUCAUGAUCACGAUUUCACACGGAAAUUGAUCGACUCAGUGGCGCAGAUCCUACCCCGAGAAUCACCGGCUCAAUCCGUGCUGCUUGGCGCGAGAUUGGCCGAGCUUGGGAAAGCACUCUUGCAUCUUCAUCAAAAUCGACCCUAUCUUCAACCAUUCGCUGUUCAAUCCGAGAAUAUCUUGUUUGCAAUCGAUCGACUUGACAACAACGAGCUUUUGCCUAAAUUCAAUAACUUUGUCGACGAGCGUCCAGUGGAUUUCCCAACGAUUCGAAUUUCUUUUGGAGAUGGGUCAACUUGGGGAUUUUAUCAGAUCAUCCCCCACCCGCGUUGUGUGCGAUGUUCAGCUCCCCUCGUCGCAGCUCAAACAAACUCCACGCAGCCGAUUCUCAUCGAAUUCCCGUUAAAGGAGGAAUCCGGAUGGAAAUACCCAGAGUGUGUCCACUACAUAUCAUCGGAUGUUGAGCAAUGGUCGACAAAAGGCGCAACACUUACUGGAUUGAAUGCCUCUCAUGCAGCUUGUCUUUUUCGA